UCUGGUCUUUGCUCUGUUUCUAUUUUAGCUCGGCUCUCUCAGACAGCAGUCAUGGCUCGCUGCAGGAGUUACUUACGAGGACUCGCCAUCUGUGUCACUGUGCUGCUACUGGUGUCUGGUGUGGUGAUGAUAGGCGUCGGAUUUUCCUCCGUCGAAGACAAUAUAUUGGUUGCCCAGUUGUCCAGUAGUGACGGCUUACUGGUCCUACAGGUGUUCGGUCCAAUCACUGUGGUUUUGUCAGUUCUGGGAAUCUGUGCCGCGUCUUUGGACCUUAAACCUCUACUGCUGGUGUUUUCCGCUCUGAUAUUCGUGGAGUUUGUGGCUAUGAUGGUUGUUGCCGCACCACUGGUUCAUGUUCAAGCUCAGAUGGGCGGUGCAGUGGACGAGGUGUUUCUCAACGUAACUCCCCUCCACAGAGCAGAGAGUUACAUCCAGACUGAACUCAACAAACUCCAGGCCUCCGACUCUUGUUGUGGGUUGAGGAGUUUUGAGGACUGGGAGAAUCAACUUCCUGUCACCUGUUUCUGCACACCGCCCGCGUCCAACCUGCAGCCGAGCUCUCAGUCUGCUAACUCCAGCUCAGAGGGGCACUGUGUGAUGGUGGGCCCCGACUUUUACCCUCCGAACCAACAGCUCACAGAGAAACUAUGGGUUCACUCCGAGCCCUGUGGUCCCAUCCUGAAGAGCUACCUGAGCUUCCCCAUCAAACUCAGGAUAGGAAUCAUUUCAGCCUUCGCCACCAUUACGAUGGCGGCCAUUGCUCUGUGUCUGACGUUGGGUCUGGAGGAAUAUUGGAAGACGCCUCCGGUGGAAACUACAGUCGAUGACUUCAACAGAGUGAAAUAUAAACCCAAACCCUCCCUCACCUGACCUCUGACCUCUGACCCCUCAGCCACGACUGAGGCCUCAGUUCAAACUGCUGGUGGUGAUCGCAAGAGUUCGACGAAACUGCGUCAUCCACUCUUUGGGGAUCUGAAUUUUCUUUAUACAUAAUUUAUAGUUGACAGAAUGCCAGUUUUAAGAAGAGAUGAAACCGUUCCUAUCUCUGUUUAUGUUAUUAUAUUUGGCUGGGUGAAAAAAAAACUUUAAUCUAAAUAAAGAAGGAAUGGCAGCUGGUUUGGAUGAAAUGUUUGGCUCUCAACUUUCUUUUUUAAAAAGUGCGUUAUAAAUAAAGUUUAUUUUAUCAGUGA